AUGGGCGAACCCCAACGAGGCGGUGAUGUCUAUGGCUGGCAUGAUUCCCCAUUAGAACCGUUUGGGUACGUAGCCAGUGGAGAUGUUCGAGGGAAAAAUAUAACCAUUCUUGACCGACUUCAUCGGAAACAAAUUGCAAACUCCACCCUAGUGACGGAGGAGGUGAUGGAGCCAGAUUCCCCAACUAGAGGUUUCUCAUUCGUCAAACCGGAAUCGGAGACCAUUGCUGGAGGCCUCUCGGAGAAGAUUCCUGAAGAUCCCCUUUCGGAGACAGAAAACCCCAACGGUCUGUCUGCUGCGGUUGUGUUCCAACAAAAACUCUUUGGGUCUAGACUUGGUCGUUUCAUGGCAUCGACCAUCGAAACUUCGGUAGUUGUUCUUAUUCCCAUUUCCUUCGAUACCAAGACUGGGAAUGAAGAGCCUGUAGGGAUUGAAUAUGUAGAUAUGGAAGCUACUAUUGUUAUUACAAGGAAGGAGGCCAUAAUGUCGACACUGGUUACUCUUGCUGCUUCACUUCCCCGGUUCCAACAUCCUUUUUUCGUGACAAGUGUUGCCAAUAGCCCUUUUGAAACGUGGGUUGCGUCUGAUGAAGAAGCGUUAGAUAAGGCUCAAUCAUGCUUGAUGGAAGGAAUGCACUUGUUGAAUGAAGUGCCCGUACGCACAAAGGCACAUUCAGACGAGCUUGCUCAACUUCAAAUCGUAUUUGAUGAAGCCUUGGAAGAGUUGAAGCAACUUCGGAUCCUUCACGAGCUAACGAAAAAAGAAGCUAAGGGAUUGAGGGAAGAGGUAGUUGGUUUGUCAGAGAGAAACCAAAGUUUAGUGAUAGAUUUGAGUCAGACCGUUGGUCAGCAGGAGGAGUUGAAAAAGUUGAGUCAAGAUUUGCAACUGAAAUUAGAUGAUGCCAUGAGCCACCGCGCAUCUGCCGUCAAGGAACUCGAGGGUGUUUCUCAGCAGUACCAUUCACAUAAGUCGCAAUAUAUGGAGAAGGUUUCUCAGUUGGAAAUCGCCUGUUCUAACAAGGAUGUUUGUAUUAAGUUGCUAGAGGAGGACUUAGUCGUGGCGAAACUCAUGAUGUUGGAGAAGGAUGCUCGAUUUGCCACUUUGAGUGACCCACAACUUUUGAUGGAGCAGAAUAUAGCAAGUUGCCAGAUGGGAGCGGAUCAAAAGGCUGAGGAGAUGCGAUUGGUCAUAAAGGAAUGUAUCGCCAUCUUUGUUUGGGCUUUGUUAGAUUCAAGCGACUUUGGUGCCAUGAAUUCCGCCUUACAGACAUCCGCUAUCCAGCUUGGCCUCCAUCAAGCCUGUGUGGACAUGAAAGAAAAGUACCCUGGAGAGCUGAAAGAACAUGUCUAUAUGGCCCUUUCAUGA